GGUCUGUGUGAUAGUACAGUUUUAGGAAACCUAACACCUUCCAAAUGCCCACGUGAUAGUUCAGUGAAUAUUGAUUGGCUUUUUACUGGUUUCAUAAUCAUGUGAUAGUCAGUUAACAUAGUUACACUGUUUACUGGUAACACAAAAUUGGGCUGCACAUUAGUACAGAGAUCAUAGCACUCUUAGCUGUUUAUCGGAUUUGUUCCUGUUAAGUUAAACACCUUUUUAAAAAAGGUAAACUUUAAAUCAACCACUGUGUUUGUGGAAUAGGUUUCUAUAUUGACAGAGAUACAUUGAGUAUUUUUACUUGCAAAUACAAAUUGCAGUUUGCGUUUUACUAAUACACUACAAAAUGGCAUCAUUUUCUCAGUCUUCUAUUGAGAAGGGUUCUGAUUUCGUUCGUGAAUAUUUAUGUAGUGGUAGUGCCUGCAAAGACAAGAGCACUGUUGCUGAGGUUUACUGUGAAACGUGUGACAAGUUAUUCUGUAAGAAGUGUUGUGGCUUACAUGACCAGUUGUUUACAGGUCAUAAUGUUCUUGGAAAGGAACAUGAAAAUAAAUGGUCUGUAUCCAAAGAGAAAGACAGAACAUCACAGAAAUUGAAAGUGGACUCCAGUAGACCUCAACCAGGUAAUAAGGACCCCUCAAAGAAUCUUGUGUUGAACAAAAGUGCAGCCAUUAAGCAGCGAGUUUCUAAGACUUCUAAAGCAGUAGAAAUGCCUGCCAAGAAACCUUCCCAGGGUCAGGAGACCAUCAGGCCAAGCAGGGACGCCUCCACAGCUGGUGCACAAGGGCACGUAUCCAGCGACAAUGUGUCGGGUAGGAGGGUAGGCUGGAAUGAUGACAAGAAAAAACCAAUGAGAGAAGGCACAUUCAGGACGGAUGCUGAGAAAGACCAGUCAGAAUUAUUUAAAGACGAGCUUCGAAAUCAGGUGAGCAACCUAGAGCGUCGUCUGCAGCAGUUGGAGGUUGAACGGGUUAGGAAUGAGAAAGAGCAAGAGAACCGUCGUCUGGAGGAGCAGCGAGUGCGAAUGCAGCUUGAGUAUGAGGAGGAGAAGAAGAAGAUUAAGGCUAGAGAGGAGGAGUUGAACAACCGAGAACGUCAUCUGCAGCAGUUGGAGAAAGAACGGUUGAGGAAAGAGGAGCGAGAGAAACGUCGUCUAGAAGAGCAGCGAGUGAGUAUGCAGCUCGAGUAUGAAGAGGCACAGAAGAAGAUUAAGGCUAGAGAGGCAGAGGUACUAAAGCGUCAAGCAGACGAAAGGAAGAAGGAAGCAGAACAGAAGCGGCGAGAAGCAGAUGACGAGAAAUUGAGAAAGCAGCAGGAACAGAUAGAGCGGAAAAGAAGGGAGCUGGAACAGAGCCUCAAACCAUAUAAUGCAUCCAGUGAGGGGGCAAGCUGGAAUCCAGCAGGCAACCUGCGUUCCAGGGAGUCCACAGAGAAACAAGACUACCAUAAUGAGAAACCUGAGUGGUUAAAACUGCAGUCCACAAGGUCUGUGCAGGGGAAUCCAGACAAGGUAUUCACUGUCCAGUGGAAGUCUACCCACAAUGUGAGAAUACCAAGUGAUUCAGCCACAUGCUUAAUCAACGCCAUCUGUGUCCUCCCAGAUGGAAAGGUCCUGGUUGCAGACUACAGGAAUAAGAAAGUCAAGCUGCUGGACCAGCAGUACCAGGUGUUUAGUCACUGUGGUGUGACUGACUAUGUAAAGGACAUGUGUCUCAUCACACCCAGUGAGGUUGCAGUGGCUGUGUCUGAUGAUAGUACAAAAACUGAGGUCCAGUUUAUCACAGUCACACAGAGCAAGCUAGUUUCUGGCAGGAAGUUUAGGUUACAACAUAAAUGUACGGGUAUCGCGCACUACCAGGGUGACCUGUUUAUCUGCUCUGGUGAAGAACUGUUCAAGUACACACUGAGUGGCAAACAGGUCUGCAGACUUAAUGAGAGUAUAUCAGGCCAGGUGCUGGUCUGUGGAGCCUGGUCGCACACUGUACUACAGGUGGACAGGGAGGGGCAGAGUAUGCUGACUACGCUGGCUACUCGGGAGGAUGGAGUGUGGAGGCCAUGGUUAGUCUGCUACAGCAGCACAACAUCAUCCAUCAUUGUGGGACUGUGGGAGGACGAAAACAUCCUGGUGUUCAGAGUGAGCAUGAGCAUUGUUAUUGAGUUGACCGGGCAACGGCACAAGUCGGACCCCCAGGAGCCUCAGUGCAGGACAACCCUUCCCCUUUCCUGA